UUUCUGGAUCUUGUUGUAGGUGGUGCAGUGUCUAGUGACGUCAAUUCGGGAAUCAGCGAACGAGUGCAGCGGGCAUUGGCUGAAGCUCGGAAACGGUGCUUGAAAAUGGCAAAUGUUGCUUGCGAGCAAGCACUUCGAAAGUAUUACGCACUUCGGGCCAAACAAAUCGAGCAAGACGAUGCGCCUGUGCAGGAGCAGUUGUUAAGAAUAGGGACGGAGCUGUUGGGCGAGCUCGGCUCCAGAGUGCUUGACUACAACGGUCUCGGAGUGCUGGUCGGGAUGCCGGGCAUCGAGCCAGUCUACAUGGGCGCCGCUCUGGACCGGAGCGCCGACACAGGCACCGUGCUCGACAUGAGCCUGCCGUACUAG